AUGAAUGGUUUCACCCUUGACCCACAUGGCCACAUCAACCAAGAGAUCGCAUCUUGUUCUAUCCUGUACUGCAACAUCAUAGCCACGGUUUUGAAUUCGUGGAUUUCCUAUGAGUACGGCCGAUCGCGCGUGACCCCACGAGGUAUCUCAUGCAAGCUCCCCUUGCCUCGGAAGGGCGACUUUACCACAGACCUCAUAAGUCUGUAUCAAAUCUCCGAAUGGCUCGAUCCAGACCGUGACAAUAAGGCCUUUGUUUUCGAAGAGGCUCUGACCCGCGUUGAGGGCCUUACGCUCACCCAUGAUGCUUUGAUCCUCUCCCAAAGUAAUUUGACGCUCACGAUUUAUCGUCGGCUGCGGAUUUUGCUGGUGAAUAUAUCGAAUGAUGUUCUUGCUCGCGUUAUGCGAUUUGGGAACCACGGUCUUGAUGCCGCGAUACGACUAGCCGAAGAUCGCUGUCCGUGGUGGCAUGUUGCCAACUUACCGUUUCAGUUUAUCUGUAUCUUGCUGGCCAUCGAUACAAGGGAGUCGCUCUCACAUAUUGGUCCUGCGCUGUGCUCGUUCAGGGCUAUCACCAGGCUUUACAAUACACCUACUAUCCACACGGCACUGGAGACAACAGAAUCGCUGGUUUGUCUUCGCUCUUCACCCGGCUGA